AUUCCGUCGUAGCGCUUCCAACUUCCUCUGUAUAAAAAAACCCGCCCCUUUCUUAGCCCGAACUCUUUACUGAGAGAGGGCAAAAUAAGCCUCAAUUUCGCAGAAAUCUCGCCGGAAUCUCCAGAUCCGGCGGUGAAGCCUCCUGUAAAUCUCACUCCUUCGAGAUCCAUCGUGCUCACCCUCUUUCUCCGGGAACUGAGUCGUUCUCCGGCGGGUCUCCGCCGGAAGGAAGUGGUGGUGAAGUCUCGUUUCUUUCUUCGUCGUUGUUCUUGCGAGCGUCUUGCAAAGCCCUAGUUGUUGAUGGGGUUUUCUCUCUACCCGAUCAAGACUUCGACGCGUCUUCUGUGGAGUACCAGCUUCUUCCGUCAUAAGACCAUCUGUUUGAUCGCCUUCUUCUCCUUCUUCUUCUAAAUCGAUCUAGAUCCCCUUUCGUUCGAUCGCCGAUAGAUCGAGAACUGAGGGAGAAGUGUAAAUAGACGACCGAUCGCUCCCGAUUCAAGGUAAGAAAAUGAGUUCCCGCCGUCUGAUCUUCGAUUCGUCUUCCUCUUCCACCUCCCGCGGCCGCUUGAUCUUCUUGAGCAGUCCGAGCUCGGUCUUUUCAGGGGUGAAAUCGGUGCUGAUGGGCGCAGGGCACGAUGCCAGCAAGAGACCACGGUUUUUCACGUCGCAGGACGAGAUCUACGAGGAGUAUUACGAGGAGUUCCAGCCGGAGAAGAAGCGCCGCCUCACUUCGGAGCAGAUAUGCAUGUUGGAGCGGAGCUUUGAGGAGGAGAACAAGCUGGAGCCGGAGCGCAAGAGCGAGCUUGCUAAGAAAUUAGGGCUACAACCGAGGCAGGUGGCGGUGUGGUUCCAGAACCGUCGUGCCCGGUGGAAGAACAAGCAGGUGGAGAAUGACUACGAUUGUCUGAAGGCCUCUUAUGAUGCGCUCGUCCUCGACCAUGAUGCCGUUCGCAAGGACAACGAACGCUUGCGUUGUCAGGUGAGCUUUCUACUGGAAAAGUUGCAAGCAAAUGAUCAGCAAGGGGCAUCUGGAGUCACCGUUCUGUCGCCAGAUGAUCAGGCAGCAUUGGGUGCUGAUCCGAUGGCCCUGAAUUUCCAGAAGAAGGUGGACGACCUCCUGAGCACAGGAAGUGGCGCACACGCAGCUGCGACAACCAUCGGAGAGCCUCAUCUCCUUGUGGAGGAGUCCUUGCUCCCGGAAAGUGGCCACCCUGUUGGACCAUCAGACGCUGGCACCCAUUCUGAGGACGACAUUAGCAAUGAGGGCUGCAGCUAUUAUCCCAACAGCGUCUUUACAAAUCGUCAGCAACUGCAACAGCAAGAUGUGCAGUUGGAUGAAUGGCUGGGUUGUGUGGAAAGCAUUUUCUUCCACUAGGAAAUACGAUCGUAUUCAGUCAUGAUUAGUGUCGAUGAGUUGAUCUGUGUUGUUGUACGUGUGUAAUAAUACUUGUUGUACAAUGCGUGGGGAUCAUUAUAUGUUUGGACUGCAUGCUACCGAGUGCAUAAGACCUCAAUGGCUCGUUUGUGUUGAACAUUUGUCCUAAGAAGGUUACUUUGCCACUGUUACU